AUAAUCACAUACGACAAUAGAGUAUAGUCAAACACAGUUGUAAACAAACCACCAUAUUUCAGUUGUAGCCAGAUGAUUCUUUUCUAAUAGCAGUAGCAACAGUUUUCUUGGAGCAUGCCUCCGAAAGUUGUUACGCGUUCAGAAAAGUCAUGCGCCCGUUGAACUUCAUAAGAAUCGAUGCCAUUUGAAUGAAUUCUGUGACUUUUCCAUCGGUUUCAUUGCAUACCAUAAGGCACAGCAAUUUUGAAUUUGAUUUUCUUAUAUUUUCUUGUACAACCAAUUGUUUAACCACGCAUUCUGUGCCUGUUUAUCUCAGGCUCGUGCAUUCAUGGACGUUGGAUAUGCAGCGGAUUGCUAUCUGUCCUAUAUCUAAUGUCAUAUUCUUGACAUAGAUCCUAUUUUUUAUCAGUUCCUUUUUUCUCGACAGGAUUAGAAGUCUUCAUACUUCGUCUUCUCUUUUUUUCUGUUUUAUUAAAAUUUUGGAGUAACUUCCUGUUUGUAUCAAUCGGUUAAACGUAUCUUGCCAUGGAUGUUCUUAUUGUUGGCGCCGGCGUCUUUGGCCUUUCGACGGCUUUAGAACUGACCAAACGCGGAGGCUACAAAAUUACGAUUUUAGAUCGCUCUCUUCCACCUGUGGUCGAUGGCUCCUCUGUGGAUGCAAAUCGAAUCAUCCGUCCUGACUAUGCGGAUAUGACUUAUUGCAUGAUGGGUUUAGAAGCUAUAAAGGAUUGGCAAAACCAUCCUCUCUUUCGAAACCACUUUUAUCCAUCUGGACUCUUGCUUCUCGGUCCCAGCGACUCAAUGUACCGGGACGCCAGUUUCAAUAACCUGUCGGUAAUGGGAAGUCCUUGUACGAAGAUCCAUAAUACUGAGGAUAUUCGCAGAAUUUAUUCUACUUGGUAUACGGAACUCAAAGCCCAUCAGAGAGGCUAUGUGAAUCAAAUAUCUGGGUGGGCUGAUGCUGAACAAUCCGUAAAGUCUGUCGCAAACUAUCUCGUCCAGCAGGGUGUCACCUUCGUUUGCGGACCUAGCGGAACAGUAAAGAAAUUAAUUACCGAUGAUGACAAAGUUGUUGGUGUCGAAACGAUGGACGGUCAGAAUAAAAGUGCCGACUUAGUUGUCCUUGCAGCUGGAGCAUGGACGGCAUCCCUUCUACCAGAGCAACAAUACCGUUUAUUAACAGUAGGUCAGCCCGUAGGUUUUAUACAGUUAACAGAAGAGGAAAGAAAAAGAUAUCGAAACUAUCCUGUACUAUUGGAUUUUGAGUCUGGAUUUUACAGCUUUCCACCAACUCGAGAUGGUCUUUUGAAAUUUUCUAGACAUGGAUUCGGCUUCACCAGGACAAAGGAGUAUGAAAAUGGUAAGAAGGAAUCGGUGCCUCCAUUGCUUCCUAUAUCAUCUACCACUCUUCCAAAAGAGGCGGAAAAACAACUUCGCACUUGUCUACAUACAUUCUACGGAAAGGACAUUAGUCAACGGUCUUUUAAAAAGACAAGAAUAUGCUAUUAUACCGAUACAGCUGAUGCUGAUUUCGUUUUUGAUUUUCAUCCCAAAUAUAAAAACUUGUUUUUGAGCACUGGUGGUUCGGGACAUGGAUUUAAGUUUUUUCCUGUCUUGGGAAAGUAUAGUGUUGGCUGCAUGUUGCGGGAAUUGAAUAUCGAGUAUUUGAAGAAAUGGGCUUGGGAAAAACCCGAUCUUAAAGAAUUCAAGCUGGAUGGAAGUCGGACUGGACCUUUGGCGUACGAAUAUGAUCCCGAGAUGUUUAAACCUCUAUCUGAAUUAAACUCCGCCUGAGCUGCAUGAAACACUCAGACGAUGUUCCAUGAUUUAUUCUGCAUUGCGAGCUCUGAGACUGACAAAGCCAAAAUUUCAUAGUUUACAUGAGGCGUCUUUGGCUUGCUUGCACUUAUGAAGAACCUGUUUCUUUGCAUACUCAGAAUGUGACCAUAUAUCUUGUAAGAAAAGAAUUAGAAAUAACUGGGAGAAAUGAAAAAAGGAUGAGAAAUGUCAAUUAAAAGAUUAGGAUACCUUCUUCCAGUCCUGAAGGUCAGUAGUUUGCGAAGAAGGAAAAGAUCAAUAUUUCAAAACAUUUUUUCUAUAUCUUAUUAUUAAGAAUACAUACAUACUAUGAAAGAAUUAAAUAAAAGGUUCUGAAGCUUGAGACGAGAGUGCAUACUGGUUUGCAAAGAUCAUGGCGUCCCUUCUGUUUGUUUACAUUAUCGUUCCAUACCAACCUCUACGAUUUGUAUCAAUAAAAGGUCAAAGACUUAAAACCUUUCAUUAUAUUUUCUUUUAAUCGAUGAAUUAAGUCUGUUCUAUUUCUUUUUUUUUAAAACCCAAUUAUUUCAUUUAUCAUACAAGUUUCUCUAUAAGACAAUAUCGCUAGCGUAAUACGCAAAGCACGGCUGAUCUAUGGUCUAAGUCAUUCGUGUCUUCACGUAUACGUGUCUUUAACACGCGACUUACU